AUGAACCGCUCUGCCGGUGCUUCCGUCACUGAGUCGGUGACGCUCAGCGCGGAGCGGAUGGUGCGCCUGAAGGAGCCCAACGGCACGGCCAUCCAGACGACCUUGCCGGCGGGCUGGGUAGAGGGGGCUAUGGUAGUCAACAAGCAUUCGGCGACCGGCGUGAUCAAGUCCGUCGGCAACGGCAAAAUCACGAUCUACUGGCCAACGGCAGAUAUCCACAAGCAGGUCAAAGGGUUUCAGGAGAUCCAGAAGAAGGAGAUCCAGAAGAAGAAGCUGUCAGGUGCAUGGGCCUUCGACGAGUGCCCCAUUGCGGACGCUCUCAACAAGUACGCUCUUGCGGGCGGGCGCCAGCGAUUUGAGCAGCGGGAGGACCCAAUCAUGGUUUUUAGUCUCUCUUUCGUGCAAGUGCUGAUUGGCUGGGAUGAGACCAAUGUGGUCACGGCACAGUGGUACUUGCGCGAGUGGCACGCGUCGUGAGAGCAAGUACAGUCGCCGGUCGCGAGGCGAGGCUCGUCAUCAAGCCGUCAGCGCACACUGGCCAUUGGAUGCUUGGCCUCAGUACCACUUAGCGACGCCGGUCUCGAGCUUGAAGUCGAUCUUGGCGAGGGUCCGCUCCGGGUGGCGUGUACCCUCGCGUAUCCACUGGCGGACGCGCCGGUUGGCCUCGCGGAGGAAGCGCGCGGAUGGGCAGCCGCCCACGCAGGGCAGGCAGGUGCCCCCCAGGGUUUCGAGCGCUGUGGCAUCGUAGUCCCCUCGCUCCUGAUUAUGAAACCAUGGGGGUCCGCCAUUCCAACGACCCCCAGCAUAAGCAUCAUGGGGGUUCGCCAGUCGGCAGUCACAAGCCUGGUGGCAGCACACGGGGUUGGCACAUGGCUGCAGCGUAGUGCUGACUCGCUCGGCGACCGCUAAGAUCAGCGCCUUGCCCGCCGGCAGGUUUGCCGGGUCAGCCUCCGCCACUUCGCUCGCAAACGACUCCAUUUUGCUCGCAAAAGAUGCGGGUUGUAAGCCAUCAAGGUAGCCGUGAAGGAUGGCAUAGGCGAUCGCGUCCUCGCGAGUCAAAGCAAGCCAGUACGCUCCGUUCCACGGGAAGUCCGAUUCGAGCUCUUGAAAGAAGUCAGCUGCGGUCUUGUACCAUUCUCGCGUGAAUUCUCCGUCUGAGCAAAAUGGCAGCAGGCCUGAAAGCCUGAGGUACAGCUCGCCGCACUGUGGCCCGAUGGCCACGCCGAUACUGCCGAUAUCGUCGUCGUCGUCGUCGUCAUCAUCAUCGUCGCCGUCGUCCUUGUUCUUGAAGUCGCAAUCGUCAUCGUCGUCCUCCUCCUCGUCAGGCAGUAACGCAUCGGCUCGCAUUGGGAGUGUGCGCAGGAAGACCUGCAUCGCAGCGUCCACGUCCUUGUGCUUGAUGUGCUUUCUGCGACUAUGCUCCGUGUGCGUUAUGGCAUGCUUCAUCCAUUCCGUGCCGCAUUCUCCAAACUCAAAGUGCCGCCCAGGAUCAUCUUCAGGAUACGAGUCGACAAGCGGCUGAUCGCCCACGAGCACGUGCAGCUUCUCGAUCGCAGCAAUCUCGAUACUGAUAUCGGUCUUGAAGUCACAGGCUGUGCGAAUGGCCGCAGAGUAGAAGACUGCGGGCGCAAAGCGAACGCCGCACAAGCGCGCGAGCCGAUGGAAGGUGGUUUCCAGGUGUGGCACCGGCACGUCG